AAAAAGACAACUGCUUCAACUAUAAACUGAUCAGCUGACUGGACUUUUGAUGUAACAGCAACAACCUAAACAUUUCCAAAAACUUUACAAUACCAACUGUUAAAAUGAAUACAUGCAUUUGAACCUCAUUUAAAUGAACACAAUCCACAUUGCUGAAACAGAUUUGACAUCCUUCUGCAAUGAGUUGAAGUUCCUUUUUACAUAAAUACUUGAAAUAUUUCCACACAAACAGUUCCUUUCUGCAUAAAUACUGGCCGCACAAACACAGAUGAGGAACACAACACUGUCUACUACAGGAGAGAAACUAGGGUUAGUCUGUGGACACUGAAGCUGUCCAAUAGUAGAGAUGAAAAUAUGCUGAGAAUAUAAACAAAAAACAAAUUGUCUAAGAACAUGUGGGUGUUGUUAGAGGUAAAUUCUGAGCCCACAGGUACUGAGAUUAAUCAACAAUAUAUAUUUAUAUAUUUUUUAACACUUUACAAUUAUGUUUCAUAGAUAAAUGACUGUAACCAUUUCAAGUGCACCAAAAAAUAAAAGUCUGGAAUUGUGAAUGACGGUAUGAAUAAAGGUUCAAUAAUGGACUCAGAAGACCGAAUAGAAAGGACUGUUGAUAUCUACAUCAGUGCAGAGGCUGUAAGAGACAUGAAACAUAAGAAAAACACAGAGGACUUCAACACAACAACAACAACAACAACAACAACACGAAAACCUCAACACACAGGAAGUGAUGGUGUGAAGAUCAGGAGCUCCAGAGCAGCUGUGGUGUGUUUGGUGCUGGUGUGUGUUCUUCUGCUGACCGCAGUCAUAGUGCUGUGUGUCACCUUCACUCAAGAGAGAAAUCAGCUACUAACCAACAACAUGAACCUCACAGAAGAGAGAGACCAGUUGAAAUCAGAAAAAAAUUAUCAUCGGAAGUUUUCUGCUGGUGUUUGCCAGUUCUUCAGUCUAAACGGUGGAUGGAAGUGCCAUCAAUCCAGUCUUUACUUAAUUUCCUCUGAGAAGAAGAGCUGGACUGAGAGCAGAAGAUACUGUACAGACAGAAGAGCAGAUCUGAUCAUCAUAAACAACACAGAGGAACAAGAUUUUGUGAAGAACAUUUCUGGUGGUGAUUUAGUCUGGAUUGGUCUGACCGACAGAGAUGUGGAGGGCAGAUGGAAAUGGGUUGAUGGCAGCGAUGUGACCUUUAGGUUCUGGCAGCCUGGAGAACCGAAUAGCUUCCAGGGAAAAGAGGAAGACUGUGCUGUAAAUCGCUCACCAGGAUGGGCUGAUUAUCCAUGUGAUUAUUCAUCUAAAUGGAUCUGUGAGAAGAGUAUUUUUAAAUGACUCAUUAUGAUACAUAUUUAUGUAUAUAGUGGAUUUUGAACAUCUAAAUAUGUCUGUUGAAUAUCAUGUCUUGUGUUUAGUAAUUUUACCUGUUUUUUAUUUGAAUAACCCUUUAAUUAGGUUAUUCUGUUAAAUAAAAUAAUUAAAAAAACUAAAAGCAAGUCAAAUAAACAAUAAAAUAACCAUUGUAAUAUUACAACGUUCAUAUUAAAUGGAACUUUUUGUUUGUUCAGUCAAA